ACAGUGUUCCCGAGAGGGUUCUCCGAUUGGUCGAGGACGGCCAAUUCCGCGAGCUUUCCCUUAGCAGGCCGUCUCGACCGGGACCUCAUCUCCCUCGAGCCUGAGAUCCUCCUACUUUGCCGAUCAAAGCGAAGGAUGGCGUUGCUGUGUUCACGCAGGUGUCGAGCAGGGGGUUGUGAAGCUAGACUGAAGAGGCGAUCGCGGAAGUCUUUUUGUUGUUUCCGUUAGAUCGAUGCAAACUAUUUCCGCGGGUGUCCCACAUUGCCUUGGUAGCAUGGCAGUGACAUAGUGGUGGAAUUUAUCAGGCUUCGGGAGGUAUGCUGGUCCAGCACCAGUAUAGCUUAAUGCCCCAAACGAAGGUCAUGGUUUGUGGAGGUUCUUUCGGCGAGAGUAUCAAUCUGCCCGAUGGGGACUGUAGUCACAGCCGCACAUGGCCUCAAAGUUGUUGUGACAUGUUUGACCAGAGCAGCGCUCGACAUAACCGGCCCAACAUUCUCAGCACCAUACAUUUCAGGCGCCAGCUGUUUGAGGAGAGAAGCUGAAGCAGAAAUUCAGGCCAAUUGUGUGAAAGUAGUUCGUCAUUGAACGUAUCGCUAUGCACCCGAAUGCUCUGAAUUCAAAUUAGAAGACAAAGUCGAUCCGAUGCUGGAUCAAGCUAAUGGAUUUCAGAGCUGGUUUGGUGCACGGUCUGCUCGCUCGUGGAUUCAGAUUUCCGAUUGUCCGUUUCUGGGUCUAGUCUGCAGUACUGAAAAGCCCCGCAGUCAACAAGAGGUUGUCGAUUUUUAUUUGAGGUUCAUAGCCCUAAGAAGGCGGGAAUCAGAUGUGCAGCAGAUGCUGCGUUUUGAUGUUUGAUUCUUCGGAGUAUUAAUGAUUACACUUGCCCUAGUUCGACUCGAAGCUCGUUUGGUUAUUUUGGAAGCUCGAUUGUUCUGACGCCUCCUCGACAGGUUUCAGAAUACAAUACCCACGAGCCAAAAAUUGUGUACCAUUGUCAAUAAUUGUGACAUAAUUCGCUCGGUGCCCACCGUAUGAUUAUUAUGGACGAGAGAAGACAAAGAUCUUGAAGGCAGUAUUUGUGUGUGCUCCUGAAGGUAAUACAGUGACUUCGCGUCCAGCCUGGAUGGAUGGAAGGUUGGAAUUUUUGAGUUCUUUGUGCAGAAUCCUGCUUUUCAUGAGCACUUCAUGGAGUUCGUCUGCAAGGGAAAUGCCUCUGUGUUGCAUGCGUCCGUGAAUGCAGGAUACAGACGUUAACGUCGCAGCUAUCUGUCGCAAAGUUGUACAUAUACUAAUAUCCAUCGCUAGAUCUUCAUCGCCGGUGGAAGACGAUCCAACUUUUUUGCUCUAUACUUCGGUUUGUACAAGUUCCUGGCUCAGUUCCAUCCAGAGCAGAAGGAACGAGCACCCUUGCAGAAUCAGUUUCCGAAAGAUGGUUUCCACCUAUGACCUGAGAACGCAUUAUUGCUUCUCAAACAAGUUGCUGUCGGUUUUUUUGGGGCUCUUCCUACUGCCCGUUUCCAGGGCUGUCCAUGCCAAAAACAGACGAUAUUCGUUCCCGGAGUAUCGGGAAUAUCUAGCAAAAUUGAAUUUCACACCAGAUCUUGCGAGCAACUCGACGGGAAAAAUCAUCAUUCCCGUAACCGUUCCCUUUGUUGAGGGCCUGACAGAAGUCUCAUUUUCCAAGUACAAGAUUUGCUCCGACGAAUGUGAUAGCUUGCUAGUGAAUGUGACAGACACCUGUGAUGGUUGUUUAGUCAAGCAUCAACGGGGAAGCUACACGCACAUGGCAAGGUGGCAACUCUCAGCCGACGUUCUCAUUGCCUUGGCGUACUUCUCUAUCCCCGUGGAGCUCUUAUUCUUUCUGUACAAAAUGAGGAUGUUCCCUUAUAAAUUGGUGGUGGCUGAGUUUGGAAUCUUUAUCAUACUCUGUGGUCUGACUCAUAUAAUUACUCUCUGGACUUUCCUUGCAAACUCUAAAGCUUCGUUUGGAACUAUGACGUUCUUCAAAUGUAUAACCGCAGUCGUAUCAUGUGCCACUGCGGUGACGUUGUUUCAAGUGAUUCCAGAACUCUUGUCUGUAAAAACGAGAGAAAUCUUCCUCACGAUUCAGGCUGCAGAAUUGGGCAAAGAAGUGGGGAAGAUCAAGAAACAAGAGGAAAUUGGAAGGCAUGUACGGCUGUUAACUCUUGAAAUUCGGAGUACUCUCGAUCGGCAUACCAUACUUCAUACUACGCUCGUAGAAACGGCCAGAACUCUUCAGUUGACGAGCUGUGGCAUAUGGAUGCCCAACCUGUCAGAGAAAAGCGUGGAGCUUACUUAUUCGGUCGAAACUCAUGCUAUAGCAUUUCCACUCUCGGUCCCGAUGAGCGAUGAAAUAGUUCAGAAAGUUUUCAACAGCUCCGGUGCUUUGGUCAUUCCAAGUGACUGUCCGCUUGCAAAACUCACCGUGCAUAUGGCAUCGGACGAGGAAAUGCCUGAAGGACAUGUAGCUGCUGUCAGACUCCCCUUGCUACAUACUACCGACUUCAACCAGACUGGCAACGUCGACGUUGUGACCACAGGUGCUGACGGGGCACUUUCCUUGAUGGUUCUCGCUCUCCCAAAAAACGAGGACAGACUGUGGGGUAACAGCGAAAUGGACCUUCUGAACUCCGUCGUUGACCAGGUGGCCGUUGCCCUUUCUCAUGCCACAGUUGUAGAGGAGUCUAUGCGGGCAAGGGACCAGCUCAUGGUUCAGAAUGCACAGCUUCAGGAAGCUCGCCAAGAGGUUGAGCAAGCCAUGGCUGCACGAAAUGAGUUCCUUGCGGUCAUGAAUCAUGAAAUGCGGACACCUAUGCACGCUAUCAUAGCGUUGGCUUCUCUACUGUUGGAAUCUGGUCUGACACCUGAUCAGAGAGCGAUGGUGGAGACGAUGAAUAAAAGUAGCGGCCUCCUCCAGACUCUAAUCGACGACGUUCUUGACUUCUCCAAGCUAGAAGUUGGAAAGCUGACACUGGAUCCAACUCCGUUUGAACUUACAUCAUUAUUCAAAGAAGCAGAGAAUAUCUUGAGACCUAUGGCUACUAAUAAACAGAUUGGAUUUGAGUGGAAACUUAAAGAUGUGCCCGAAAAGAUACUUGGAGAUAGCAAACGUAUCCUCCAAAUACUUUUGAAUGUGAUUGGAAACGCCAUAAAGUUUACAUCCUCUGGUUAUGUGCAUGUCACUGUCCAUAUGGGCGAGCCUGUGGAUGUUCAGCCGACCGGACUAGAGCAGGCUCCAACCCCAACAAAAAGAAGAUCUCUAAAGCUCAAAUAUAGAUAUCUCCACGUCAAAGUUGAAGAUACAGGAGUUGGGAUCAGUCCCGAAAAUGUUGGGCUUCUGUUCAAUAAAUUUGUUCAAGCCGACAGUAGCACGACUCGAAAAUUUGGUGGAACUGGACUUGGUCUAGCAAUUUGUAAGAAAUUUGUUGAGCUGAUGCGUGGAACCAUCGCUAUAAACAGCGAAGGGAUCGGAAAGGGGAGCAUGUGCACGUUUAGUUUAUGUGUGGGUGUGAUCUCUGAUGAACUCGAAGAAUCAAAUUCACCAAGACGGCAAUCUGUUCAAGAAGGAAGUCUGAUUGGAAUCAAGGUACUUGUUGUGGACGACAACGCAAUUAAUAGAAUGGUAACAAGUAAGUUAUUGCGAACACUUGGGUGUGAAGCAACUGUGUUGGAAUCUGGUCCAGAGUGUAUUCAAAAGCUGGCAGAGGUGGGACCUUCAGGUUUCGAUAUUGUUCUCCUUGACUUGUGUAUGCCAGAGAUGGACGGAUUCAUGGUGGCGGAAGAAAUUAUCAAGACAUACGGGAACAAGAAACGUCCUCUGAUCUCAGCCUUGACAGCCAACGCAGACACCAGGACAAGAGAAAAAUGUUUCGAGACAGGAAUGGAUAGUAUUCUCUUGAAACCCAUCUCACUCGGAAAGUUGAAGACGGAUCUACUGCGACUCGUGCAACAUGCACGUGACUUCGAUACAAUUAAUGAGGAGGGCGAAAGCUCCGGAACAGAUGAUCUUCUCGUAAGAUCUUGAACUUUUCCUGCUAAAGACCUUUUCGCAUCUCUCUACGGGUGUCCAGAAUAGAUUUAUUCCAGAAUUAUGGAGGAAGAUGAUGUCAGAUUAUAGAUAGAACAGGUUGAGAAUGUCCUUAGUGGGGGUUCUCAUUGAUGCUUUGGCUGUCAUCAACCACCAAAUUAGCCAUUAUUUCAUGAUCCAGAGGAAGGAGUCCUUUUUCUGCAAAGUCAUCUAGUGCAUCAUUAAGCAUUUGGUCUAAACUCUUGAAGCCCUUCAGACCAAGUUGUGUAAUCUUGUUGCUCGUCAUGGUGUGGGGUAUCAGUUCUGCGUUACCCUCCUUAC